AAAUAAUGAGGGACCUCAUGCUACAAUUCUCUAUUACACAUACAUUAGAAGAUCUUGAUACUCUAAGAUGCAUAUUUAAAAAAGCUUUUCAAGAAAUGCAUCAACAUUCAUUAAAUGAGGAGAGACUUGUUGAUAUCUUCUGCAGAUUACAAGAAGCUAAUAUUUGUACUGUUGAGUUACUACAAAAUGUCAAGAAGUGUGCAGAAUUCUGUAAGCAAUUUUCUUCUACUACUUCUAAAUAUGACUUUUAUCAGUUUUUCUAUCGUAUCUUUGACCCCAUUAUUAAUAGUAUAAAAAACUCGAUCACCAAGUUCAAAUAUGCUGCCAGUAUAUAUGGUGCCAGUAUAAUCGAGUACAUGUAUAUACCAUUAUUUUCUCUUGAUAUAAUGGUUUAUAUUAUCCCCAUCAUCAUCAUUGUUAUUUUCCUGUUCAUCUGUCAACCCUCUCUGGAAUCUGUUACUGAUAUGGAACAGUUGACAAUAUUUGCCACUGUCAUUCACCUUAUCAUAUGUGGAGAUGUUGAGAGUAAUCCUGGACCAGAAUAUGAUGCAGAAGAACUGCUAAGAAAGGAGCCAAAAGUUUCUGAUUUCCAAAGGAUAUUUAUUCAAUCUGGUGCUGCAUGUCACUGGCAAAUCUUAGGUAGAGCAUUAGACAUCGAUGUGAAUGACCUGAUUGAUUGUCCACACUCUGCAGCAGUUAUGAUUGGGACUGUUUUUGAAAGGUGGAGGGAUCAGCAUAAAGAUUUCACGUGGAAAAGGAUUAUUCGAGCUUGUGAAGGUUAUGAUCAGUUUGGGAGAGUUCGUGAUGCCAUCAUUAAGUUUCUGUCAUCCCGUGAAGCACACAGCAAGUAUGGAAGUGAACCUGACUUUGACUGUACUUACACUGGAAGUAUCACGAUACACAAAGAGAGCAAGGAGAAUGAAAAUGGAUAUUUAAACAAAACAGUUAUUAUAUUACUGAUAGCCCUCAUUGUAUUAGUCUUGUGCAACUUCAUUUAUCAAGUAUGGGCUGACUUAGCCUUGCAAGGCCAGGGCUGGCCUCGUGAGACUACAUGCAGGACUGACUGUGAAUGCUGAAAACAUUGCUUUUUAACACUGCUGCAACUGUAAUAUGUACUGUUUUAUUAUAUUAUAUUUUUAUGUUCUGUAAAUAAUUUUUUACAAAAAUUUGAAGUGUUCGAUGAUAA